CAACGACUCCGGAAGUCGAUGGCUUUGAGGGAAUCUUAUCGAUUAUGAGUCGGCUGCAAUUGAGCCGGCAGAGAGAAAAGGGAACCUUCUCCCGCCUUUCUCCUUUUUGCGCGCUUGGGCCGAAGUUCCGGGCGAAAACUCAACACAGGAACCUUUAAUAUGGAGCAGAAUUCUGAACAAAAGAAGGAUGCCUCUUUUUCUGGUUGCCUGAAUUUUCCAAGUUCUCCAGCAAGGUUGCAGCCUAGAAGACACUCAGCCAUUUGGACAAACAAAGAACUAGUCAGCUCUUCAGAUCAACCCAUAACCAACUUAAAUGUUAUUCAAACAGAAUAUGCUAAGACUUUGCAUUUAAAGAAUAUUGCUGUGCCUGACAAUGAUGAAAGGAUAAGUACUUCUACUGAAAAACAAGAAGGAAAAGUCAACUCUGUGACUGCUAACCUAGAUAAAGAAAAGAAUAUUGCAUUCCUUUUAAAUGAAUUGGAUGUUCUUAGGGCAAACAAUAAGAAGCUUCAGGAUCAGCUGUCUGAAAAAGACAAGGAAUUGAAGAGACUAAAGCUGGACUUAGAGCUACAAGAGAGUGUAGCAGAAGCCAAGAUUGCAGAAAAGGCUGCAGGUACUGUAGCUCUGGUAGAAGAAAUCCAUUCCACACAACACGACCAUGAUGAAGCCAUCAUGGCUAGACUGAAGUUGGCCAGUGAGGAGAGAAAUGAUGUAUGUAAACAAGUAAGGCUACUGGAACAACCUCUCGAAACGCUAGAAAAUAUUAACCCUGAAGAAAAUGACAUGACAUUACAGGAAUUACUGAACAGAAUAAACAAUGCAGACACCGGUAUGGCGAUAAGGAGGACAGGAGCUAUAAUUGUCGAUCGCAUAUACAGGACCCAGAAACAGAAAAAGAAAAUAACAGCUGAAGAAAUUAAUGCAUUGAUAGAAGAGCGAGAUGCUGUACUGGCUCAAUGCAAACGGCUGGAGCAGGAGCUUCAUCAUAUGAAAGAGCAGAACCAGACUUCUGCAAACAACCCUAGACAUCUGACUGCUAAAAACAAUCAAGAACGUGCUCUGAAGGAAAAAAUGCUUGCUAUGCAACAAGAGAGAGAAGCUGCUAUUCAUCAAUUUAAAAGUCUAGAAGAAGAACUGCAGACUCUUCGUAUUUAUUACAGUUUGCAUCAAGCUCUAUCCCAAGAAGCAAAUCUUAAGGAUCAGUUCAACUCCGCACUUGUAACAUAUGAAAAAGCUCUGAAAAAUAAAGAUGAUAUUGUCUCCAUGCUUUUUCUUCAAAAUGAGGAGCUGGUGACUCAACUCCAGCAAAUGGCAGCAGAGAAAACAAGCAUAGAAUUAAAAUUUCAGCAAACUUCAGAUGCUUUGCAAGAUACCACUGAAAAACUUCAAAAAUUGCAAAGACUGGUGGACGUCCUAAGGAAGAAGAUUGGAGCAGGGUCCAUUAGGAUGGUGAUCUGAUAGAAAGCACCAGUCUAAGGAAGCAUUCACAUCUGGAGACCAGGCUGCUUCAUUCAGUGCUAUGUAAACAUUAAAGCUUUAACUUAGCAAACAGUUGUUAGAAGUGGGACACUCCAACGACAUUCCAAGCCGAGAUAAAAUCAAAUCAUAAAUGUUUAACCACU